GUGUAACCCCACCGCCCCUCCAGAAAGACACGGGCAAAGGAGACUUGAAGCUAUGCAAUGAGUGUUCGAUACGGAGUACCUGGGGGAAGAUACGAGGGACGGAAUGUAUUCUUCUACGGAGUCCUUCCAGCUCCCUGAUGCCUAUCUUCCUCCGUGAACUUGGCACACUCUAUGACUGGAUCACUGGUUCGCGCGUUUCAGCCGCACGAGUGAACUGUGAUUGAUUCGGUAUCAGUAUUGAGAGUCUGUUUUUAGCUAUGAGUGUGUUGAUCACUUAACUACGGUCUAGGCAUAUAAUUAUAGAUAGAUCAGGUUCUCUUCGUAUUUGCUAGUUGAUCUUCCUCUGACAAUUUCAUCCAACUCCAUCCCAUAUACGACCACGAUCAUGUUCGUCAACCCCUUCUUCGAAAGCAACCUAUUACUCCCCCGUCAACUCAACGAGGCAUACAAUGGCUGCUCAGGCGGUAUUGGCGACGGAGAGUGUCUCCCAUCCUCUCGAUGCCUCGGUAUAGUCUACUCAAACCAAUGCCAAAGCGACCCCACCGACUACUCGUGCUGCCUCCACCGCCGCUGCACCGUCUCCGAAGGAACAGGCUACUGCCGCGACGCCUCGAACCAGACCUGCGAGGAGGGCGCAUACUUCGCCGGCACAUCGUACCCCUGGCCCUGUCCGGGACCGAAUAACGUCCAAUGCUGCGUGAAAUACACCAACAUGACGAACCACACAUCCACAUCCUCGACUCGCGCAUCGACUGGGACUGCUACGCUCCCCAUCUCGAGUACACCCACGAGUACACCCGCAAACACAAGCGCAAGCAGCAACUCGACUCAAUCCCUAACUCCCACCGCACAACCACAAUCGCAGCCCGGGAACGGCCUAUCCAGCUCGCAGAUUGGCGGCAUCGUAGGGGGCGUCCUCGCCGCCGCAGUGCUAGCCGGGCUCAUCGCGUUCAUCUUCUGGUUCCGACGGCGGCGUCGACGACUUGUGGCCGCGCAGGAGGGUGGGGAUCAACAGCCGGCGCGGCGGGAUGGCGAGGAUGCUGGUGGUGGUACUGGCACGGCGGUUUCUACUAUGGGAUCGGCGACGCGCGAAGAUGAGCAUGAUCCCGAGGGAAAGGGUGCCGCGGAGAUGGACGAAAAGGAGAUUCCCAUGCUGGGUGGGCGGAUGAGGCAGGAGAUGGAUGCGCAGGGGGAAGCGGCGGUGCAUGAGCUGGCGGUCCCAAUGGGCGGCAGCACGCGUAAGCUGUCGGAGCUGCCGGGGUCGAUGGGGAGGAUGGCCGAGUUGCCUGGUUCCGAGGUGGAUUUCAAGCGAUGAAUUGGUUGCCGAUACGAUGGGAUGGAUGUAGACUGAUUUUAGUUGGAACUGGGAAGCUGGUUGGAUAUUGUGGCGUAUGGGUUCAAGUAUAUAUACCAUUCACUCGUCAUUCACUGUAUAUCUGGUUAUAGCAUAAUCUCUUAUUGAUUUCCAAUCCCACAGAGACUAGAAUUGACAGAAUGA